CAGGCCUGGUGAAGCUUGGGGUUCACUGUGUAACAAGUAAAAAAGUAGCAAUUAAGAUAAUCAACCGAGAAAAACUUAGCGAGUCGGUGUUAAUGAAGGUGGAACGAGAAAUAGCAAUUAUGAAAUUAAUAGACCACCCACAUGUAUUAGGUUUAUCGGAUGUUUACGAAAAUAAAAAAUAUUUAUAUUUAGUUUUGGAACACGUUUCCGGCGGCGAAUUAUUCGAUUAUUUAGUUAAGAAAGGUAGGUUAACUCCGAAAGAGGCUCGGAGGUUCUUUCGACAGAUCAUCUCAGCCCUCGAUUUCUGCCACAGCCACUCGAUAUGUCACAGAGACCUGAAGCCCGAAAACCUCCUCUUGGAUGAAAAAAAUAAUAUAAAAAUUGCAGACUUCGGAAUGGCGUCGUUACAGCCAGGAGGAAGUAUGCUGGAAACGAGUUGCGGUUCGCCUCACUACGCAUGUCCGGAAGUCAUAAGGGGAGAAAAAUAUGACGGGCGAAGGGCAGAUGUCUGGUCAUGCGGCGUCAUCCUUUAUGCCCUCCUAGUUGGCGCCUUGCCUUUUGAUGAUGACAACCUAAGGCAACUUUUAGAGAAGGUCAAGAGAGGGGUGUUUCACAUCCCGCAUUUUGUUCCGCCCGACUGUCAGAACCUCCUCAGGGGUAUGAUAGAAGUCAACCCAGAGAAACGACUAACGUUAUCAGACAUCAACAGGCACCCUUGGGUGACAGCGGGCGGUAAAGGGGAACUGGAACUUGAACUACCAAUGAUGGAAGUCGUCCAGACACACAUCAUACCCUCAGUUGCUGAUAUGGAUACUGAUGUACUUCAGGCAAUAACCUCCUUAGGCUGUUUUAAAGAACGGGACAGACUCAUACAAGAGCUCCUCAACCCUAACCAUAAUACUGAAAAAGUAAUUUAUUUCCUCCUUCUUGAGAGAAAAAGGAGAAGACCAGCAUUGGAGGAUGAAGCUGAGCAGGUAGUAGCGAGGGUGCGAGCUGAAUCAUCAGAUCCACCAAGGAAAAGAGUAGAUACUUGCCUCAAUGGUGCUAAAUCCCUCCAGUACGCCCAGAUAUCAGAAGGCUCGCCAAUAACACCAAGGCGGCAACAAGGGCACCAAAACAGGCGAGGAAGUAACUCAUCAAGUAACUCCAACUCAUCAAUUUCACUCCAACCCCCAUCUCCUACUGGAAUGCAAAUACCUCAAAGGGCAUCUUCAAGCAGCCAUCAGACAAACCAUGCAGGAUCGCCACUACACAGCCCUAGGCCUGUCAGUGUUGCCGCUCCUCCCGUCCUUCAAACUGUCAAUAGUACAGUUAUUCCACCACCUUCGCCUAUUCACCUGAGACCACCGCAGGCGCAAGAACCCAUAGAGCCUCCUACAAUAAGCAUUGCUGGUACACAUGUUCUUGUUCCCCCGGGAUCACCUCACACUUCAAAUCAUUGGAGGACAAGGUUAACAACUAUCAAAAACAGCUUUCUAGGGUCUCCUCGAUUCCAUCGAAGAAAGCUACAAGCAUCCUCCGAAGAAGUUGGACUCACCCCUGAGUCAUCACCUGAACUUACUAAGAAAUCGUGGUUUGGAAGCCUCAUGACGUCCGAAAAGGAUGAGACACUGACAGUAUUGGUGAAAGGAAAACCGCUAGCAUCCGUGAAGGCAGACCUAAUACACGCCUUUCUUUCGAUAGCUGAGCUAAGCCACAGUGUGUCGAGCCCAAUGUCUUUCAGAGUGGAGUAUCGACGGGGUGCCACAGGAGCAGCUAUGUUUCAGAGGCAAGUCAGGUUCCAGGUUGAUAUAUCUUCAGUCUCAAAGCCUAAUUCUCCUAAGGAAUACCUCUAUGCAGUUACAUUCACUCUUUUAUCUGGAAACAUCAGAAGGUUUAGAAGGGUAUGUGAACAUAUUCAGUCCCAAAUUUGUUCAAGAAGACCCCCUUCUUCACCAAGGGCUACACGGAAAUUUGCAACAGAUCUGUCUGAAAGUAGCAGUUGCGGAAGUGAUACUUCAGACCGUCUCUCACCAUACCCAACCAAUAGGGGAGAGUCUGACAUCGAGUCAGAAACUUGUUUAUUUGAGAUGAAAAGUAUGGGAAGAGAAAAUGGCAGAAGGAGAAGUAGUUCAGUAGUAACAAACAACAAUAAUAAUAACAACAAUGGAGCUGAAGAAAAGUCUAGUCCAGAUGUCGUUCCUCCCCUUCCAAUCAGAUCAACGUCUGAAAGAUCGUCCGUAACACAGCAACUCCCUUGA